UCACUGUAUCCGGGUCACAGCAGGAGCCGCCUCCAGCGGGACCGGCGCGGGGCGAGGACCCGCUUUGGGCCCCCCCCCGCAGGGGCAGGAGUCGUGCGUGUGGGGUGAGAGCACCCCAAGGACCCCGGCUUUGGGGGUCACCAUGCAGGAGAACUACGAGAACGUCAUUUCCUUGGCGGAGGAGAUCGCCAUCAGCUGGCCACGGAUCACGGCAUUCGCUGAAUCCCAUCGGAGGCGAGGCUUGGUGUCGGGUGUAGAAGCCGAAGGUGAGCAGGGACAACCGGAGCCCACCCAGCUCCAGCCCUCGGGGGGCUCCAGCUCCGGCGAUGGGGGGGUGAAUCCCGACCUCCGGCGCCAGUUGGGCCUGAUCCUGCAGACGGCCGGCCGGAGCCAGGUGGAGAAGAUGCUGCGGGAGCUGGUGCGGGAGCAGGGACAGGCCGGGAAGCGCCGGAGCCGCAAGAAGACACCCAAGGAUGGAGGUACCGGCGCCGGGAGCGGCACCGAGGAGGACCCAUCACCGCAGGACAUCGAGGAACCCACAUUGGAAGAUGCCACCCACCACCAAAGCCAAGAGCAACCCACUGAACCCCCUGUCGCGGGUAAAGCAGCUCCGGCGUUCCGGGCCGGUUGUUCCGAGUGCGGGACCCGCAUCCGCUCCCGAAGCCCCAUGAGACGCCGGCGCUGCUCCGAGUGCGGGCGGCGCUGCCGGCAACCGGAUCGCGGUGGGGACAAACCCCAUCGUUGCGGUGACUGUGGCAAAGGCUUCAGCCGCGGCUCCAACCUGGCCCAGCACCGGCGCAUCCACACCGGAGAGCGGCCCCACCGCUGCGGGGACUGCGGCAAAGGCUUCAUCCAACGUUCCGACCUGGAACGCCACCGCAGGGUCCACACCGGCGAGCGGCCGUAUCCGUGUGGAGACUGUGGCAAGAGGUUCAGCGUCAGUUCCCACCUGGACCGGCAUCGCCAGACCCACGCAAGUGGCCCCGGUCCCCCCCGGGCUCGUCCUCGAGCGUCUCCCGAAGGUUCCGCAGCUCCUCAUCGUUGUCCUGAUUGCGGGAAGAGCUUCUCCCAACGGUCCGCGUUGGCCAAGCAUCGCAAGACCCAUAGCGGUGACCGGCCCCAUCGCUGUGGGGAUUGCGGCAAGAGCUUCAGCCGUGGCUCCAACUUGACCCAACACCGGCGCAUCCACACCGGAGAACGGCCCUUUGCUUGUGGGGACUGCGGCAAAGGUUUCAUCCAACGUUCCGACCUGGAACGCCACCAACGGGUUCACACCGGGGAACGGCCCUAUACGUGUCCAGAAUGCGGGAAGAGCUUCAGCGUCAGCUCCCACCUUGACCGGCACCAGAAGAUCCACGUGGCCGAGCGGGCGUCCUACCGUUGUCCCGAACAUCUCAGCAGCUUCUUGGCUGCCCAUCGCCACGGGCGCCUCUUCCAGUGUUCUCACUGUGGGAGAUGCUUCGGUCAAGGCGCCGCGUUGUUGAAGCAUCAACGUUCUCACGGCGCCGGAGGAUCCGUGGGACAAGCUCCCAAAUGUCCGGAUUGCGGCAAGAACCGAGGUGGGACCAUUGGGUUACGUCCUCGUGCUCAACAGUGCUUGGAUUGCGGGAUGGAAUCGGAUGCCGGUGCCACCGAAACGGCUCCGGUGCCACCACCGGAGAAGCCCUAUAAGUGUGGGGAAUGUGGGAAGGGCUUUGGGCAACGCUCGGCGCUGGUCAAGCACCGCCGGAUCCAUACGGGAGAGAAGCCUUAUGCCUGCGGGGAUUGCGGGAAGGGCUUCAUCCAGAAGUCGGACCUCACCAUCCACCGCCGGAUGCACACGGGGGAGAAGCCCUACAAGUGUGGGGAGUGCGGGAAGUGCUUCAGCGUCUCCUCCAACCUCAUCACCCACCAACGGACCCACUUGGGCGAGAAGCCCUAUCAGUGCUCCGAGUGCGGGAAGAGCUUCAUCCAACGCUCCGAGCUCACCAUCCACCAGCGCGUCCACACCGGGGAGAAGCCCUACAAGUGUCCCGAGUGCGGGAAGUGCUUCAGCCGCAGCUCCCACCUCAACCGCCACCAGCGCACCCACGCCGGGGACAAGCCCAAAGCCACCGCUGGGGCCACCACCACCACCACCAGCAGCAGCAGCAGCAGCGCCGGGGCUGGCACCGGCCCCAGCAGCACCGGCCCCUCCGGUGGGGGCGGCUUCUCCGGCCCCUUCGCGCCCGUCCCGGCGCUGCCGCCCUUCCCCGGUGCGGCCGCGGCGCUGCCGGUGCCGGGGCUGGAGCUGCCCUGGGCCCUGCCCUUCCCUGCCCGCGCCUUCCCCCAGCCCUGCUUCCCCCCGGCCCCCGCCCCGGGGGCACAGGCCUCGUCCCUCAGCAACUGAGCCCGGCCCGGCCCCGGCUCCGGCCCCACGGCCCCACGGCCUUGGGCCCCAAGAGCCAGCGCUGGGAUGGGCCCACCCGGAGCCGUUCGGUCUCGAUGUGCCCAGGAGAGGUGGGGAAGUCGCCUUCAUUCUAUGGGUCCAAGCUCACUCAACAGCCAACUGGGGUUGGCCACCAAGAGCCACCAUCAAGACCCACCAUUGGGAAGGUUCUUCCCACCCAGAGCUCUUCAGUCUUGAUGUGCCCAUGGGAGGCGGGGAAGUCACCUUCAGUCUAUGGGGCCAACCGCACUCAACACCCAACUGGGGUUGGCCACCAAGAGCCAUCAUUGGGAUGGUCCUACCUGGGGCUGUUUGGUCUUGAUGUGCCCAUGAGAGGACGGGGAAGUCGCCUUCGGGCUGUGGGGCCAACCUCACUCAACACUCAACUGGGGUUGGCCACCAAGAGCCACCAUCAAGACACAUCAUUGGGAAGGUUCUUCCUACCCAGAGCUCUUCAGUCUUGAUGUGCCCAUGGGAGGUGGUGAAGUCACCUUCAGUCUAUGGGGCCAACCUCACUCAACACCCAACUGGGGUUGGCCACCAAGAGCCAUCAUUGGGAUGGUCCUACCUGGAGCUGUUUGGUCUUGACGUGCCCAUGAGAGGACGGGGAAGUCGCCUUCGUUCUAUGGGGCCAACCUCUUCCCAGCAGCCCCAGUUGUUCACUCAACACCCAACUGGGGUUGGCCACCAAGAGCCACCAUCAAGACCCAUCAUUGGGAAGGUUCUUCCCACCCAGAGCUCUUCAGUCUUGAUGUGCCCAUGAGAAGAUGGGGAAGUCGCCUUCCAUCUAUGGGUCCAACCUCCUCCCAACCUUCUCAUCACCCAACUGGGGUUGGCCACCAAGAGCCACCAUCAAGACCCAUCACUGGGAAGGUUCUUCCUACCUGGAGCCGUUCAGUCUUGAUGCGCCCAUGAGAAGAUGGGGAAGUCACCUUCAUUCUAUGGGUCCAACCUUCCCAGUCCCUCACCCAGCACCCAAGUGGGGUUGACCUUCAAGACCCAUCAUUGGGGCCUUGCUCCCAUUGGAACCAUUAAGUUUUGGAGACUAAUUAUGGGAUGGGGACCCUUCCCUUUCAUUUUUCCCCCUUUUUAACCAAAAUCCCCUGUUUUUAUACCAGGAAUGUUCUUCCUUUCCCCAUCCCAAGGUCCUCAUGGAAGACAGGGAUGGUGCCCACCACCCUCCCUUUGCUUUUGGGGUGGAUUGAAGCCCAGAAAUCCCAUUUCCCACUAAAUCAAGAUGAUUUUAAGGCUGGUUUCCCACUUUUCCCACUGGUUCCAGGUGGGAUCCAAGGCAGGAAGUGGCAAAAACUGAAGCAAAAAAGGGGGAUAUUGGGGUUUCCCCCCCAUUUUCUGCUGGAUUUUGCUCUUUGGAGCAGAUGGUGUUGGGGGGUGGGUCCCAUGGGGUGAAGAUGCUCCUUGGGAAGGGGGAGGGGGGGGGUUACAACUGUCAUGUGUCUUCUUGGUGGGGUUUGGGCCCAAAAAGGGGGUGAUGCUGCUCUUCAAGUGCCAUUUUUGGGGGAAAAAAGCCCAAUUUUGGGUCAUUGGCACUGCCAGGGAUGUGUUACGGAGGAAAGACUGGAAUAUCCUGCAUGGAGCAGAGUCAAUCCUGGGCUUUUCCCAGUGUUCCCAUGAAAAGGGAGCAACAGGGAGCUGGUUUCAGCUUCCUUUUUAAGACUAUAGAGGGGUUUUGGGGUUGUUUUGGUACUUUUGGUGACUUUGUAUCCCAGCCUUGUCUCCGAGUCCUUCAAUAAACAGGAGCUGGGUCAA